AUGACGCUAGGCGAAGCACUAGCAGCGGGCGGCGACGCCGGCGCGGCGUUACGCGCGCGCGUGUCCCGCUACGAGGCGUUGUUGCGCGGCGCGCCGGACGCGGUACACGCGCGCACUGGCGCCGCGAGAGCAGAGCGGAAUGCGCGACGUCUGCUGGAGCAGUUGGAGUCGCUGCUGGCGUGGCUGGACGUGGAGCCUCUAGAGUUCGAACCGGAGCUGGGCUCGGCCGCGGGGCGCGCGCGGGCGCUCGCCGCCGCCGACGCAUUGCGGACCGCUCUCAAGACUACUGGACCGGGCCCCUGCGGCGCGGAACUAAAACGCCUAUCCGCAGUCCGCGAGCGCAUGCGCCGAGUGCAGCGAGCCAAGGAGCGCUACGCGGCGGCCAUCGGCAGGCACCUCAACAACCUUCUCAUUCACGCCGGCAACGCCGCCGCCGCCGCGCCCGCCGCCCAGCAUCACCAGACACUGCUGCAGUACAGGGGCUUCAUGAGGUGGCUGCGGGAGAUGGAUGAGAGGACCUACGACGCGCUUAUGAAGGUGUACGUGUCGACGUGGAGCAAGGUGUACGAGCGCGAGGUGCGAAGUGCCUGCGAGGCGGCCGAGCAGCCCGCCGCCGGCGCCGCCGCGCUAGACAAUGUGCUGUCGCUAGUGGAGACCAUGUGCAACGCCGAGCAGGAGUUCGUCACGCAGUUCUUCGCUCUAGACGUGGAUCUAAAGGCGGAAGGCAGCGACGGGUCCCGCAGCGAGCACUCGGAGGGCGGGGGCGCGGGGCGCGCGGGGGCGGAGGCGCGGAGACUGAUGCAGGAGCUGAUGCCCACACUGGAGGCCGAGCUGGUCAACCUGGUGCAUAGCAUGGAGAAGAGCGAGCCUUACGGCGCGAUGCGAGCGCUAGCCAUCAUCUCGCGGCGCGUGCUAGCCGGGGGCGGGGGCGCGGAGGGGGGCGCGGGGGGCGCGCUCGCCGCCGCCGCCGUCGCCGCCAAGAGGGGCGCCGACAGGGCCGUGCAGGACAUGAUAGCGACCUUCCCUGAUGCCGUGAGGGCGGGGUUGAGGAAGCCCAGGGCAGCUAUAUUGCCGUUUAUACUGGCCGCCGCCGUCGCCGCCAAUCGGGGCGCGGACCGGGCCGUGCAGGACAUGAUAGCGACGUUCCCUGAUGCUGUGAGGGCUGGCUUGAGGAAGCCCAGGGCGGCUAUACUGCCUUUUAUACUGGAAAUGGAAGAAUUCUCCACCGCCUGCGAAGCCAUAUUCGCCGGGGGCCGCCGAGCCGACCUCGACCGCUGGUACGGGUCGCUGGCGGCGGGCGCGCUGUCCGCGCUGCAGGGCGCGCCGCCCGCCCGCCCGGGCCCGCCCGCCCUCGCGCUGCUGCUCGAGAACUGCCACCGGCUGCACGCGCUGUUGCACGCCACCAGGACCGAGCCCUAUAGAAAAGAAGCCAAGGCACGCUACCAAGAGGCCCUCAACAGCUACGUGCAAGCUUCCUUCGGACAACCGCUGGAGAAGCUGCAGAAGUUCUUCCAAGGAGUGGAGGAGGCCGUGGCCCAAGGGACUCCUGAAGCGGAGAUCUGCUACCGACAACAGUUCAGCAAACACGAGUUGAGGAAGAUACUGGCUCUGUAUCCUGCGCAGGAAGUGCGCAAGUCGCUGCACCGUUUAUACCGACAGGUGGAGAAGCAGCUCAGCACCGAGGGCGGCCUGCUGCAGGUGGUUUGGCGCGCCAUGCAGCAGCAACUGUUGGCCACGCACAGCGCCCUACAGGCGCGCAUCGCGGCGUGCUACCCGGGCGCGGGGCUGGCGCUGCCGCUCACCACGCAGGACAUCCUGGACGCCUUCAGCGACAUCGCACGAGAGAACUAGUGUGUUAGUGAUACCUAACUUAUUUAUAUACAAA